AUGGCAACAUCAUCCUCCUCGAUUCCUUCUCCGCACUUCUUCCUACAGGUCGAGCAGAUGCGUCCAAGUCAGGAUUUCGAGCCUCGCUAUGACGGACAAGGCCACUGGAAGCCGCCCAACCCGCUAGGCAGUAAUGAAUUGAUUCAAGAAGAAGCGGCUUCAUGGUACGAGUUCGACAACUGGCAUGCUCGAGCGGUUGGCGCUCUUGACGACGAGAAGUACGACUACAAGACCUUUUCUUUCUACAGCAACGAAGGUCGCAUAUGGAUGUGGGAGGGAGAUGCCACAAGCUCCAGAAUCGGCGACGGAGUGAGCAACCGGCGGAUCAGACCUCGAGUCACCGGUCGCCAGCGUCACGCCAACCGGAGCUCGAGCGAUGAAUCUGAGGACAGUGCCCACACGGACGAUUGGGCGCAACUGUCGUUUCUAUGGCCGAUCCCUCAGGACCCGCUCCACAGGUCGCGUAUAACAAGAAGAGGUAACAGCCGGCAGGUCCGGUUGCAACAACGCAAUAGCAUCGGUCUGUACCAGCUUCUUCCCGAACCGUAUCGUGCUGCUUCAGACCAAAGGCAUGGAGCACAAGGACAUGGGGGGAUUUUGGGUGACCUACCAAUCCUCAUCGCCUUGCUUGCAUUGUCUGUGUUACCGAGUGAGGUUGGAGGAGCGUUGGUCAACUGUCUCAGGCGGACUUAUCGACCGCACCAGUAUAAUAUAGGGCGGGGAUGGGCGCAGCCGCAGAGGGGCAUCGUUGUGCGAACACUUUGUGACACCGACCGUGAUUCGGACGAUUUGGCCAUUCAACGGGUGGAAGCAUACGAAAUGGGUCGGUUUGGUACCUUUGCCGCCUAG